AUGAAUAUUAAUUAGGCGUGGGGGCGCGGCCUCUCGGUGGAGGAAGGCUCGAGCGAACAUGGAGGGUUAGAGCUGUCUGGAUCUGCGGAGGAGACGUGUGUUUUAUUUUGCUUUGUUCCAACAUGGAGAUGAAGAAGAGGGUCCUCCUGGAGCUCAGGAACAGGAAACCUAAGGACGUGGCGGAGCUGGUGGUGGAUAACUGCCGCUCCAGCGACGGGGAGGUGGAGGGUCUGACGGAGGAGUACUCGGAGCUGGAGAUCCUCAGCAUGGUGAACGUGGGGCUCAGCUCGCUGUCCAAGCUGCCUGCUCUGCCCAAACUCAGCAAGCUGGAAGUGAGUGAUAACCUGAUCUCUGGAGAUCUGGACUCGCUGGUAGAGAAAUGUCCCAACCUGACGUACCUGAACCUGAGCGGGAACAAGAUCAAGGAGCUGAGCAGCAUCAAGACGCUGCAGAGUCUGAAGCACCUGAAGAGUCUGGACCUGUACAGCUGUGAGGUGUCCUCUCUGCAGGAGUACAGGCCGAGCGUGUUCCAGCUGCUCCCUCAGAUCAAGUACCUGGACGGGUACGACCCCCAGGACAACGAGCUGCCCGACUCCAACGAUGAGGAAGAUGAGGACGACGAUGAUGAUGUGGCCGGUCCCCAUGUACACGAUGAUGAUGAAGACGAUGAUGAGAGCUCAGAGGUGGAGGAGGGGGAGGAGGGGGAGGUGGGGCUGUCCUACCUGAUGAAGGAAGGCAUCCAGGACGAGGAGGACGACGGUGACUACGUUGAAGAGGAGGAAGACGAGGAAGACGGAGAUGCUGCAGAGGUUCAGGGAGAGAAGAGGAAGAGGGAGGCAGACGACGAAGUUGACGAUGACGAUGAUGAAUAAUUAACGCCCGCUCCGGUGACCUCUGACCCUCAGGGCCGCAGACUGUCAUGUGAUCAAGUCAGCUGCGAUGUGAUUGGCCGAUCGUUUCCUCUCUACCAAACUCAGACCUUUUAGAUUUUACCCAAAACAGUUUUUUAUCCUAGUUCUCAUUGGCCGACGUCCUCUCAGCUUUACUCUGAGAGGACUACAUUACCCAUGAUCCUCGGCGGCCCUGCCUCUGUAAAUAGACCGGCCUCUCUCUGUUGUGAAUCAUGACCUCUCCGAGUUCAUUUAUUUUUUUAUUCCCGUCUUCUUCUGUGUUUUCAAUAAAAAACGGAUGAAACAUCA